GCUUCUAUGAAGUGUGGUCUCUUUUGCCUUAGUUAUAUACUCUUUGAUGACAGCUUUUAAAUUGUAAAUAGAAUUGACAAUUUAUUAUAAUUGUAAAAAAGGAAUCUGAAGUAACUUAAAUAAUUAAAUGCGCCACUAAAAGGUUCAGAACCAAAGUAUUUAAGACGAUCUUUCUAUUAAUAAUGGAUUACAAUUAUGAACAGUCUAGUGAAGUUGAAGCUUUAGAUUCCAUAUAUUAUGGGGACAUGCAGAUUAUAGAGACAGAACCAUUCCAUAAGUUUUCUAUACCUAUAAAAUCUGAAACGUUUGACGAAGGAGAAGGACUUUCUUGUCAACUAGUUUUUACCUACACAUCAAAAUAUCCAGAUGAGCUGCCUAUUGUAGAAAUAGAGAAUGAAGAAAAUUUUGACAAUGUCGUUGAUAAAAACGAGCUCCUUACGCAUUUAAUAGAACAGGGUAAAGAAAAUCUAGGUAUGGUGAUGGUAUUCACACUAGUGUCAGCUGGACAAGAGUGGCUCAAUGAAAAGUGGGAUAGCAUUAAAAAGGAUAGGGAAGAAAAGAUACUUGCGAAAUUAAAGGCUGAUGAGGAAGCAGAAUUGAAAAGAUUUGAAGGUACCAGAGUUACAGUUGAAUCGUUUCUGGCUUGGCGGAAGCAAUUUGAAAUUGAUAUGGGAAUUCCAGCCAAAAGAGAGAGAGAAUCGAAAGACAAAAAUAAGUUAACUGGCAAAGAGUUAUUCUUGAGAGACACUACUCUCAAUGAAUCCGACUUGAAAUUCCUUGAUGAUGGUGAUGCUGUUAAAGUCGACGAAUCACUAUUCCAAGACCUGGAUGAUUUAGAGAUAUCUGAUGAUGACGAUGAAGACUAUGUACCCGGCCAAAGUGGCAGUGAUAGUGAUUAACAAAUGGCAUUAAGCUCACAUUAAGAGCGAACUGAUAUCACAUGCAAGGACAUUUGUGGCUUAAUAAUUAUAAAUAAUUAAGUAUUAUAAGUUGUUUUCAAUAAAAGACAUGUUUUGUCUGGAGAA